AUGUCUAAACAACCCUCGGGAAGUGAAUCAUCUUUUGAAGAGAUCGAGGAUGUGGACCACAGUGGGGUUCAUCAGUCAAUUGCAGAUUUGGCCUUCAUUGAAGAAGAGGACGGUGAAUCGUAUGAUCCAGACUACGUAGAGUCGGAAGGUAACGGUACAGAUAAUGAGGAUUAUAUUGAUGACUCCAUCUUAGAGGAAUUUUCCAGCGAGGAAGAAGAUGACGAGAAUGAGAGCGAUGAUUAUUUGGAAAGUGGUGACGAGGCUAAUUAUACUGCAUCAUCCUAUAAAUGGGCCCCAUAUACUCUCAUAUUGAUAGUUAUUCUUAUUGUGGGUCUCACAAUGGGUCAUGUGCCAACAACGUCACCUGAUCUUAGUAGCCCAUCUACAAAGGCAACAUUCAUGAAUUUGCAAAUGCAGGUAAAUAACCUGUAUCAAGAACUCAGUCAAAGGGAUGAAAAGAGCAAGUCUGAUUUCGAUAGAUCGGUGGAAAUUGUUGUAUCAAAAUUUGAAGACAAUUUAAAGAACUUAUUGCCUGUAGAUGUAGUCAAUCUAAAAUCUCAAUUAGUGGCGUUAAAUGAUCAAGUUAACAGUCUUUCAGACGCUGUAACGAGUUGGCAAGACAGAAACAAUAAAAAGUAUCAUCAGUUCACUUUAAGAAACAUGACAGAUUUACAAGAGAAAUUAUUAUCCAAUUUGGAAACAAAUCUACCGAAUGAAGUUCCCAUCGUUAUGAAUGGUACUUCUUCAUUUUUAAUUAUUCCAGAGUUGCAUACAUAUUUGUCCAAUUUAAUAUCAAAUAUUUUAAACAUAUCUUCAAUGAACAACACCGAAAGUCAUGGUGGUAACAUUAAUUGGGAAUAUAACGUGAAUGAAUACGUUAAAGAGAUACUAACCAAUGAAUUAAAAUAUGUUGACAAAGAUUUCUUCAUCAAGGAAUUGAACAGGAGACUACAAGAGAAUAAGGAAAGGAUAUGGCAAGAAAUUAAUAUAAAAUUGGAAGAUGAAAAGGAUAAGAUUAGAGAACUUACUUAUACAAAUGACCAAUCCACAUUUCCCCAACAAUAUUCAAGUAUAUUGUUAAAGAAGAUGAUUUAUCAAAUAUAUAAUACCAAUCAACAUCAAUGGGAAGGUGAUUUGGAUUUUGCAAGUUCUUUCCAGGGAACCAGGUUAAUGAACCAUUUAACUUCACCCACAUGGAACCAUGGCAAUGGAGUUGGUCCUAUUGAAUUAUUAACAUCCUCCAGACUAACUGGCUCUACGUAUUGGCAAUGUCAAGAUAUCAAGGAAUGUUCUUGGGCUAUACGGUUCAACAAACCUAUCUAUUUGACCAAAGUUUCCUAUAUUCACGGAAGAUUUACGAAUAACUUACAUAUGAUGAAUUCUGCCCCGAAGUUGAUAUCGUUGUAUGUUCGAUUGGCGGGGAAUUCGCCUUCUGUUGAAGAAGAACGCCUAACCAAGUUGGCGAGGAAGUACGGUCAAGGCCAACCGUUUGGAAGAGAUAAAAGAUACAUCAAAAUUGCACAAUUCCAAUAUUCUAUAGAGAGUAGCAUGGUGAGACAGAGUCUUGCCCUACCCAGAUGGUACAUUGAAUCCAAACCAUUGAUUCACUCACUUGUGUUGCAAGUGGAUUCGAAUUACGGUAACGAGAAUUUCACCUCAUUGAAGAAGUUCAUCAUCAAUGGGCUCACAAGAGAGGAUCUGGACAUAAUGCAGAGUGAUAAGUUUCUCCAAAGGUUCCAGGAAGUACCAGAGUAUGGUGCCAUGCCAUCAUCUGCGGUUACCAGCUUUGUCAUUCAAGAACAUCCGCCUAUACAGGGCAAUCACAACCGCAAACCAGACGAGGAAGUCCCUUCCUUCGGGGACGACGAGCUGGAUACAUGA